GGGGCGGCGGCGUGAUGGCGGCUGCGGCGGUGCCGGAGUCCUGGCCAGAGCUGGAGCUGGCGGAGCGGGAGCGGCGGCGGGAGCUGCUGCUGACCGGGCCGGGACUGGAGGAGCGGGUGCGGGCGGCCGGCGGGCGGCUGCCGCCUCGAGUCUUCACCCUGCCGCUGUUGCACUACCUGGAAGUGAGCGGCUGCGGGAGCCUGCGCGCGCCGGGGCCGGGCCUGGCGCAGGGCCUGCCGCAGCUGCACAGCCUCGUGCUCCGGCGCAACGCCCUGGGCCCCGGCCUGAACCCCGAGCUCGGGCCGCUGCCCGCCUUGCGGGUACUCGACCUCUCAGGGAACGCGCUGGAGGCGCUGCCGCCCGGCCAGGGUCUUGGCCCCGCCGAGCCGCCCGGCCUCCCGCAGCUGCAGAGCCUCAACCUCAGCGGCAACCGGCUGCGCGAGCUGCCCGCAGACCUGGCCCGCUGCGCCCCGCGCCUGCAGAGCCUCAACCUCAGCGGCAAUUGCCUGGACUCUUUCCCCGCCGCGCUCUUCAGCCCUGGUGCGCUGCCCCUGCUCAGCGAACUGGCGGCUGCUGACAACUGCCUCCGAGAGCUCAGCCCCGACAUCGCCCACCUGGCCUCGCUCAAGACCUUAGAUCUGUCCAAUAACCAGUUGAGCGAGAUCCCUGCUGAACUUGCCGAUUGCCCCAAGCUCAAGGAGAUCAACUUCCAUGGAAACAAGCUGCGGGACAAGCGACUGGAGAAGAUGCUCGGCGGCUGCCCCACACGGUCCAUCCUAGAGUACCUGCGUGCCGGGGGCCGGGGCUAUGGGAAGGGCAGGGCCCGGGCAGAAGGCUCAGAAAAGGACGAGGGCCGUAGGAAGCGGCGAGAGAGGAAGCCCCGGAGGGACGGUGGCGAGGGGCCAGAGCAGGAGGCUGGGGCCCUGGGCCGGCUCCUGCUCCGGGUCCUGCAUGUCUCUGAAAACCCUGCACCCCUGACGGUCCGGGUGAGCCCCGAGGUCAGAGACGUGCGGCCCUACAUUGUGGGGGCUGUCGUGCGGGGCAUGGACCUGCAGCCCGGGAACGCACUCAAGCGGUUCCUCGCAGCACAGACCAAGCUCCAUGAAGAACUCUGUGAGAAGCGUACGGCGGCCACCAUGGCAACCCAUGACCUGCACGCAGUCCGAGGGCCCCUGCUGUACGGAGCCCGGCCCCCACAGGACCUCAAGAUCGUCCCCUUGGGGCGGAGAGAAGCCAAGGCCAAGGACCUGGUGCGGCAACUGCAGCAGGAGGCUGAGGAGCAGCGGAAGCAGAAGAAGAGGCAGAGCGUCUCGGGCCUGCACAGAUAUCUUCACUUACUGGAUGGAAAAGAAAAUUACCCUUGCCUUGUGGACGCAGACGGUGAUGUGAUUUCUUUCCCACCAAUAACAAACAGCGAGAAGACAAAGAUGAAGAAAACAACUUCUGAUUUGUUCCUGGAGGUGACUAGUGCUACUAGUCUGCAGAUAUGCAAAGACGUCAUGGACGCCCUCGUUCUGAAAAUGGCAGAACUGAACAGAUGUACUUUAGAAAGUAAAGAGGAAGGAUCCCUCUCAGAUACUGAAGCUGAUGCAGUUCCUGGACAACCUUCGGAUCCUAAAACGAAUCCAAGUGCUGGGAAGGAAGGGCAGCCCCUGCUGGUGGUGGAGCAGGUCCGGGUGGUGGACCUGGAGGGGACCUUGAAAGUGGUGUACCCAUCCAAGGCCGACCUGGCCACUGCUGCUCCCGACGUGACUGUUGUCCGCUGACGAGCCCGGAGGAUCUUUAUCAGGCAGCUCUGUUGUGCCUGGGCCACGGAGGUUUCUCUGUGGAGACACGAGAUAUCACUUUCUCACCUUGGCAGUUUUUUAUGUGUUCCUUAUCCUGUUUUUCCAGAUGAUUCUGUCGUAAAUUGAUGCUGUGCUGUCAUUGCGAUACCAAACUGAUUUUACUGUUUUUCAUGAAACGUAUCAUCCAAAUGCCACAAUUAACUGUUGAGACUGUUGUGAAUCAUGUAGGCGUGGACAGCAGUGCUCCUUCAGGAAGAAACAGCACUGCACUGUUGAUGGCAGGCUGCUUGGCUGAGGUGUGCGUCAGGCGGAAACGGAGCAGCCUGUGUGUGCAGACCUGGUGCGUGGCACUCGCUAUUGGCACUGUAGAUUACCUGAGGACAUGGCUGGCAGUCACACUGGUGCUGGACAUUGGGUUUUCCGUAUGAGAAACUGUGUAUUAAUAAAAUACACCAUCAGGGUUUGAGUAAGUGCACGCUGCCAUGCUCACAAGACGAUGAAAUCACCUCAUGAUGCCUUUCUGAGUCCCCAGUGAGCACCAUGUGACUGAUCGGCCUGAACAUCCAGCUACACAUCAGGAAGCGGGCAGCCUGAGCUUUUGUGAACUGCAUAAAAGGGGAAAUCUCUUGAUAGGGCAUCUUUGUAGAGCACAUUGUCCAGCAUGCAGCCUGGAAUGGGUUUUCCAGCUUGCAGUGAUGAUUAUCUUUCUACAAAAAACUUUUUAGCGUGACUUUAGAAUUACUUUCCUAACACUACUGUGGGAAUGCUUUUGAGGGAGCAGAGACGUUUUGAACCCCCAGGCAGCCAGCCCCCAAGUCUGAAGGCAGCAGAACCAGUUCUGCAGUGGUGCUGCUGCUGGGCCAAGCAGGGAGGGAACUGACAGGGGCUUUUAAUCCUGAGCAAUGAUGACAGAGGCCCCUCUCUAGGGUCUGCAUGGGUUCUCGAGAGUGGACAGCCAGCUCUGUUGGUCAGCUGUUAGCACUUGUCAGCCAGCCAAGGGACAGACAGUGGCAGUGACCAGAGAACCUGUAGAUUUUUAAGCCAAAAAUCCUGAAGUGUACAUGCCAGGGGGCUGCUGCUUCAGCAUUUUGUUUGAGGUGUUUCCAGUUUUCACUGUGCACAUCUUCAUGCCUGCAUUUGUGCUUGGCCACGUGUGUACACCCUUCCCUGGAGACAGUGUACUUGGGUAGGAAGGACCUAGCCAAGGCAGCACCUGUGAUUCAGUGGGUAGGGUGCCAGCCCAUAUACCAAGGGUGGCUGGUUUGAACCCAGCCCAGCCAGCUACAAAGCAGCCGUAAAAGCCAGGAAUUAUGGCGGGUGCCUACAGUCCCAGCUACUCAGGAGACUAAAGCAAGAGAAUCACUUAAGCCCAAGAG